AUGGACCCUACAAACAUAACAUCUCCAGACAUGUUCAUCCUUCUUGGACUAUCAGAUGUUCCUUACCUCCAGGUUAUAUGCUUUCUUAUGUUCUUGGUGAUGUAUAUGAUAACAUUGGCAGGAAAUCUUCUACUGAUCAUCGUGGUGAAGAUUAACCCAGCUCUACAGACCCCCAUGUACUUUUUUUUAAGUAAUCUCUCUUUUAUUGACAUCUUCUUCUCAUCUGCCAUAGUUCCAAAAAUCUUGAUAAAUACUCUUGCUGAGGAUAAAAGUAUUUCCCUGUUGGGAUGUGCACUGCAAAUGUACUUCUCUCUAGCUUUAGGGGCAACGGAGUGUAUAAUACUGGCAGUUAUGGCCUAUGAUCGAUUUGCUGCCAUCUGUAGGCCACUUCACUACAACACUAUUAUGAACAUGAGAUUGUGCAUUACUCUAGCCAUAGGAUCAUGGACAGCAUGCUUCAUCAAUUCUGCUUUCCAUGUGUUCAUUACAUUCCAACUUCCCUACUGCAAAUCUCACCUUAUCAGCCACUUCUUUUGUGAGAUACCUCCCUUCUUACAAAUAUCUUGCAGAGAUACGACACUUAAUGAAAUAGCCAUGUACGUUUCUGCAGGUAUUGUUGUCACAAUGUCUUUCUUCUUAACUCUGAUUUCAUACAUCCAUAUUAUAGCCACUAUUUUUAAGAUCCAGUCUUCUCAAGGGAGGCAAAAGGCAUUCUCCACAUGUGCUUCGCACCUUACUGUUGUCACCCUCUACUAUGGGACCAUUAUGUUCAUGUAUCUACGACCCCGUUCUGCUUACUUCCCAGAAACAGACAAGACAAUAUCUGUCCUGUAUACAGUUGUGACUCCGAUGUUGAACCCCUUCAUUUACAGUGUAAGAAAUAAGGACGUAAAAUGUACCAUAAAAAAGGUCUCAAUAAAAAAAAAAAUCCUUUAUUAA